GCCGGGCUCCGGCCAAUGAUUGCUAACCGAUUGCUUGUUAGCUCGAAUGGAAAUGUCCGUCACUGAAUGAUUUUUUCAUUUGUUGUCUGAGUGAAUGAAUGCUGCUCAUCAGGAACCCUGUGCUUGGCGAAACUUAAACAAUAAGCGUUAAACAUUCCGGCCUGGUUACGUCUUUCUCUGCUGUGCGUGACAAAGAGCAGGCCGACGCAGACGCGGGUUCCAGUGGCUUUGCAAUAAGAACUUCCGCGAGGAACAUUAUGUACCUGAGUAAUUUACCUUCAAAAGAUGGACGGAGACAGCUCAACCACAGACGCCUCUCAGCUGGGCAUGACUGGAGAAUACAUGGCUUCCAGUCAUUAUGUUCUCCACCCCCAGGAUGAUGAUGGAGAAGAGAACAUGAAUGACCAUGAAGACAGUGGAACCAAGGAGAACUACAGGGAGCAGGACAUCUACCUCCCUAUCGCUAAUGUGGCUCGCAUCAUGAAGAACGCCGUUCCACAGACUGGGAAGAUCGCUAAAGACGCCAAAGAGUGUGUGCAGGAGUGUGUGAGCGAGUUCAUCAGCUUCAUCACGUCGGAAGCCAGCGAGCGCUGCCACCAGGAGAAGAGGAAGACCAUCAACGGGGAGGACAUCUUGUUCGCCAUGUCCACGCUGGGCUUCGACAUGUACGUCGACCCCCUCAAGCUCUACCUGCAGAAGUUCAGAGAGGCGAUGAAGGGGGAGAAGGGGAUGCCAGGGGUGGCAGUUGGAGAAAGUCUGGGUGAGGAUCUGACAGACGACGGCUUCGCCAAUCCGCUUCCAGCUGGGAUUAUCACAGCAGAUGGUCAGCAGCAGAACGUCAUGGUCUACACCACCACCGCAUAUCCACAGAUUCCCACCGUACAGCAGAUCCAGUUUUCAUGACGAGCGCCAACACCAGGCCCUCCUGCCGGGCUUUUACCCAGGGCUCACGCUCACCUGAUGACCUCUGACCCUUCCGCUGGGAAAGGCCAUCCAAUCGGCUGGAAGGGAAGCAUCUGGAAAAGCCCUCAUGUACAGAGAAAUCACUACCUGUUUCGUAGAGUGUGUAGUUUCUAGUUGUCAGGUACCAAACGUUUGGAGAACUUCCAAGUCCGCUGGGAGAUGCAAGGCUUUAUUUUAAAAACUAGUCCUCUUACAUGGUUUAGUGUUGGAUUAUGUUCGUGCUUGUGUAUCAAUGUGUUUUGCCUUUAAGCGUUUUUUGAUGUGUUUUGGUUUGGGGGGAGGGUUCAGAGAGGGUCUGUGAAGGGAGGGGUUUCUGUCCAGGCUGAUUUUUGAACACCUGCGUUCAGAAGGAGCCACGUUGUUACCUUCACAUUAGAUCAAGCAGCUC